GCUUGUGGAAGAAGUGCUCGACGGCAAGCGGACCAGGAAGAGCACGAAGCAAGCAACCGUGAAGCCGGCAGAAGCACAGAUGAACAAAACUUCAACAACCGAAUCCUAAUCGAAAAACACCUCCAGUGCGUGCAAGGUGCUUGGGUGAAGGAGACAGGCGGUGUGACCUCGAACCGUGUACAGAGUUCUUGUACGGUCUGCAUAAUUAUUAUAAUUACUGAGUGCAGCUGCAGCACGUGCGGAGUGUCGAGACCUUCAGGCGUGUCUCGGUAUGACAAACCAUAAUCAGAGGCAGGCCUGAGAAAACGAUAAGUUAUUCAUCUCGUGGCACCGGUAUGCACACAACCUGCUGCAAUUAUUAGUGUUGGGAAUAUUGUCCAUUUUAAUCAGUGUGCUUGGAUUGAUGAUGUGGUAUCCAGCUGUAACCCUGGUUUGUGCUUUAAAAAAAUUAAGAUGAGGUGAUGAUGAUCGAGAUCGCUGUAAGCUGCAGUACCAGGUACUCAUGUUUCAGUGCUUAUAGAAUCCACCAGCCCUUAGCUCUAACCCCGUCUCUGGAUUUGAUCAGCUCGACUUUUGAGGACAUUUUCUGCAAGAUGGGCAAGCUGAACAUCUUUGAGAUUACACUCAGCAAUCUCCAGGGUGUGUACUAUGCUGGUCAAAACGUGCAGGGUCACUGCACUGUGGAACUAAACGAGGAGAUGUCAAUGAGAGGGAUCAGACUGAAAUUUGAAGGCAAGGCGUAUGUUCAUUGGACAGAAUCAAAAUCAAGUGGUAGUGGAAGUAAGAGUUACACAGCCACUGAAAAAUACUUUGAACAAGAGGUGCUACUAUUUGGAAUCUGGCCAGGACAGGGAAGUGACACAACUAAGCUUGCAGCUGGCCGGACCACUUUUCAAUUCUGCUUUGUUCUUCCUCCAAACCUCCCAUCGUCUUUUGAAGGGACACAUGGUUAUGUGCGGUACUUUGUGAAAGCUACUAUUGAUAAGCCAUGGAAGUUUGAUCACACAACCAAGCGCCCUUUCACCAUCAUUGGCAUUUUGGACCUAAAUACAGAUGCCAAUGCUGUGAUACCUGUUGAGGGUGUGAACCAGAAGACUCUGUGCUGUCUGUGUUGUGCCAGUGGACCCAUCUCUGCAUCGUUUCACCUUGAACGCCGUGGCUAUGUUCCAGGAGAACCUAUUAAAUUGCUGGCAAAUAUCAAGAACAAAAGUAACCAGAAAAUGGACAAAUCUUUUGUAGACCUGAGAAUGACAAUAACAUAUUAUGCAAGAACCAAGAACCGAACAUCUGUGAAGGAGGUCGGUAGGGUACUGGAGGGUCCCAUUGAAGAGGGUCAGUCCUUUUCAUGGGAGGGGCAAGUAUUUGUGCUUCCUCCACUUCCCCCAUCACAUCUUGCAGGAUGCAGGAUUAUUGAUGUCAAAUACAUUCUGCAGCUGAACGUUGAACCCUCUGGCAUGUCAUUGAACCUGGAAGUCCCACUGGAGAUCAUUAUCGGCACCAUCCCCCUUCGUCAGGUGGUUGAGUUAUGCCCUCCUCGUGCACCACAGCCGUUCCAGCCACCAGUUGGAUUCCCUCUUCCUACAGAAGCUGUUAACAUCUCUGGGAUGGAUGGAGGGAGUGUCAUACCAUCUGCACCUUUUGAACCUGUGAUGCCCUACCAACCACCCAGUCAUAUUCCUAAUCUGCCACCACCCUCCUACAGCGAAUGUGUCCUUGGGAAGGUGAAUGUGAAAGAUGAGGAUGAUAAUGAAUACACUCAUGGGGUUCUAGAAUAUGCUCCUGUGUACACGUAUUAUGACUGGGGCUAUCAACCUACUGCAAUGAAGUGAAGCACUUUAAUGCUUAAAGUCUCCUUCCCGGUGCAAAAUUUGGUCUUUGGAAAAUUUGCUUUACUUUGUAGAAUGUAGAAUACUGUUUGAUAAGCUUAAAGUGUAUAGUCAGAUAUUUAAAAUAAUAAUAAGCACAUUUAAAUAGCACCCUUCUCCAGCAUAAGCUUGACUCAAAGCACUGCACAAACAUACGAGUAUAUCUUUUUAGGGCAGGCAUAUCAUUAGAUACCUUCAUGAACACACAUACACAGAAACAUCAUACACACUGCACAGUAAAAUAUAAACAACCCACCAUCAAAAGCAGACACAAUGCACCCUACAAAAAGACUAAAACAAUCAAACGUGACAAUAAUAAUGGAUGCUGGUGCUUGACACCAGUGAAGCCGCUCGUGUUAAGGAGGUGAAUACCAUUAGCUCAGAUGCAGUCUACAGCCCUACCAUUGCACAGGAUUUUUGGUAAAUAGCUGAAAGUUAUUAUAAUGUUAUUAAAGAAGCUCAAAAGCACAAUCCUCAAUGCUGUGACCCAAUCUUCAAAAACAGAAACGCGUUUCUUAAAGGAAAGACGAUAUGUGGGCUAGUUUUGCUCAGUGUCUUCAUUUUUUUUAAAGUUAAUAACCAAUUUGUUAAUGUUUUGGGGAGGCAUGCUUUGUUACACAUUUUCAAAUGAAUUAAGAAAAUAACAUGCAAACAAGUAGUUUUAAAAAAAAUUGUGCUUCUUUUGUGAUGAAAAAAUUUGUAUGUGUUAUGAUAUGCUAUAAGAUUGUGUGAGAAAAAAAAUCUUAGUUUCAUUUAUUUAGUCCAGUUAAGUCAUUCCUCACAAAAAAUGAGGGAGCAGAUAACUGAGGAAGACUAGAGAUCUGUCAGUAUUAUGGGAGAUGGCAGUAAAGAGUGAGAGUAAUCAUGACAACCAUUCUGAUCCCUAACCAAGGAAUGAGAUAGUCUGCUGAAUUGUUACUCAGAACUCUGAGACUUUACAGAAAGGAUUAGGAGGCAGCACAUUUCAAACAAAAUUUGUAGUGCAUUUAACAAGAUAUACACAUUUGUUAUUGGUUAUUGUACUGCUUGAUUUUACACAGAGGAGGCAGCAUACAAGGAACCUAUCAAGGUGCACACACGUAAAAAAAGUUACUUGUGUAUUUGGUUUUCUUUUUUAAAUUACCCUUACUACUGACUGUUCCUGACUGUUGUGAAUUUUUAAAAUGUUUUGGGGAUAAAGAUUGCAUUUUUUAUAUAAGUUUUAUUUUUGUAAUUUUCUAAUUUUAUGGCUAUGUCAGUUGGAAUAGAUUGUAUUUAUAGAUUUUACCGUUUCCACUAAUUGGAAAUGCAAAGCAUAACACAUUGUACUUGGAGUAAAUGAGUAAGAUCCACAAUACUUUCAGCAGUAGGCAGUCUAUUAUAGUAAUGGACACCCACACAGCACGCAACACCUUCUCCCCACCCACACUCCCACCUAAACCCAAAUAGUUUGCUUUCAACAUUCUAAACUUAUAAGGUUUAUUCAUAUUCCACAGAAGUAUUUGUGGAACCUUGCUGGAAUGCUUGCAUAUUGUAAUCUUCUCUGGCACUACUAACGCUGAGGAUGGUGAGUACUACAUAAAACAUUACUCUUGUGUGUUCAUUUUGGUAACUCUUGUGGAAAAUGAAAGCAGUGAAAAAUCUUGCUUGUUGUCUUGUUUUCAAUGCAACUGUGAACCGCCCAUUUUUGUGUCAAAACCUUACUCGUGAUGUCUUAGAUUAGUGGGCUUUCCAUUGAUCCGGCCCCAUGGUCAUGUUAGCAGGCUGGCUAAUGCCUACAGCUUAUUAACACUCAAUGAUAGCACACUGGUGAUAUAACCUCUCCGUUAAAUGUUGACAGACAAGAAUGUACAAAUAACUGCAAGUCUUUCGGUCUGUAAAACUGUUUAUCAGAGACAAUCACGUCACUGAAAUUUAAAGGUAGUAAACAAAACAUCACUCAGCACACUUCUUUCUCUGUAAGGGUUCCUGUAAUAACAUUUACUGUGCGACGGAUUAUUUGCUAAAGUAUACAUCUUGUAACAGUGCUAGGUUUCACACUUGUCCACCAUAUGUUAAGUCGGAAUGCCUGGUGCUACAACACGUAUCUUUUGUGAUAUUUUUCUCUAAGCCUGGCAAAGGUGGUUGCGGUACACCGUAAGAGAUGCAUGUUUUGCUGGUCGCAGUAUCGCUUGUAAGCUUUCGCUGACUUUCAUAUCCCUAUGUAAUAUUGGGAUCUAGCUGAUUGAACACAUUCAAAUUAUAUGGACUCCUGAGAUAAACUGUUGCAUGACAGCAUACACAGCUGUUAGAGUUUGGGUGUCCGCACAAAGUUUUCUCUCUCUCUCUGUUUAUAUAUAGUUUACAACAAUUAUAUUCCGUUUUUUAAAAAUCUUAGGCAUUUACAUUGGAAAAGCAUGAAACUCUUCUUCUGCCUAUUUUAAAAUUUACCUUUGAGACAAUUUAUAAUACAACAGUGAUCUUUCUACCCGUUUCUUUAUGUUCGUAUAUCUCAGAAUACGCAACUGAUCAAAUGGCUAACAAACAGACCUUCACUUAUAGGUUUUAAUCACCGGCAAGUGUGUACUGCAACUGACGAAAUUCCCUCAUUGGCUUGCGAAUGUGAGAAGUGGACUAGCAGUCAACUAGAGGUCCUUCUAAAGGCAGCAUUGGAUCGACCGGCCUCCGUUGGUUGGCAAGCCUUCGAUCACUACUGAUACGUUGUAUCGGACUCAAUCGUGUCUCCCCGACGAUCGAGUGGUACUGGCAGGUCGGCUUGCUCCGGGGCAGGUCGGUGCCAAGUAAGGAAAUGAUGAUGAUGACACUGGAUGGAGAAAGAUGCCGAGUGCUUAAAACAUCGGCGUCAAGGGCGAAUAGGCGCGCCAAGUAGCCGGAUCGAUUCCUGUGAUGCGCAGCAUACUUUCCCCAGUUGACCCAGCUGUUGAAGGGUGACCUGGUCUUACAGAGGGUUGGGAAAGAUAAGGCUUAUAGGGAGAAGACUUGGGUACGC